AUGAAUCGCUGGGCUAAACUUCUUAGUUUGCAUCACACACAAAAUGGUGAAGCACAAGCAGCGAAAGAAGAAGGGCUAAAAGAAGAGAAGAAGGAGCAGAAAACAAAAGUGAACUGGAAGGAGUGGGUGAUUGAUCCCUCUGAAGAGUUUUAUUAUGGCUGGUUGCAGGUCAUGAUCUUUCCCAUUAUCUACAACUGGGUUGUUAUUAUCCUCAGGGUCUGUUUUUCUGAAGUUGAUCAGACAUUUCAGGCCAUUUGGUACACCUUAGACUACAUCUCAGAUCUGGUCUAUGUGGCUGACAUAUUUGUCAAGUUCCGCACUGGAUUUUUGGAGCAAGGCAUCCUAGUACGAGAUAUGUCCCGGCUAAAAAAACGCUACCUGCACUCCUCUCAGUUCUUUUUAGAUGUGCUGUCCCAGCUGCCCACUGAUCUACUCUACCUGAAUAAUUUUUUUAAAACUCCUUUAGUGCGGAUCAACCGGUUCCUUCGCUCACCUCGUCUCUCAGAGACCUUGGACCGCAUGGAGACACGCACUGCCUACCCCAAUGUAUUCCGAAUAUCCAAACUAAUGAUCCUCAUCUUUAUCCUCAUCCACUGGAAUGCAUGCCUUUAUUUUGCCCUGUCACAAAAUAUUGGGUUUGGAAGUGAUAAUUGGGUCUACCCCGGCCUCAGGGAUAGUCCGGGUCUUAAUUCCACACGCCAUCAGUACUUCUACUCCUUCUGGUUUUCUACUCUGAUCCUCACUAUGGUGGGAGACACCCCUAAUCCAGUUUGUGAGGAGGAGUUUCUCUUCAUGAUCGCUGACCUUUUGAUUGCCGUGCUGGUUUUUGCCUCUGUGAUGGGAAGUGUAGGGAACGUGAUAAUGAACCUGCGUGACCGGGACAACGUCUUCUUCCCUAAUCAUGAGCUGGUAAAGAGCUACUUGCGCAGCCGGCGAAUCAACAAAAUGCUACACAACCGUGUCAAUGCCUGGUACCAACAUCUACAUAUCAACAAAAAGAUCACCCGGGAGAAUGAAAUCCUCCAGCAGCUCCCAGUCACACUGCAGACGGCCAUUGCUGUGAGCGUGCACCUACCCACUUUAUCCAAGGUUACCAUCUUCCAAAACUGUGAGAGCAGCCUGCUGGAACAACUGGUGCUCAAGCUCAUGCCACAGGUCUACAACCCUGGGGAGUAUGUGUGUAGGAAAGGUGAUGUAGGGCAUGAGAUGUAUAUCAUUAAAGAGGGGAAGCUGGCUGUGGUGGCAGAUGAUGGGGUCACUCAGUUUGCUGUACUUGGUGAUGGCAACUUCUUUGGAGAAAUCAGCAUUCUCAACAUAAAAGGUAACAAAUCAGGUAAUCGACGCACAGCCAACAUCCGCAGCAUUGGUUACUCAGACCUUUUCAGCCUGUCCAAGGAGGACCUGACAAACACACUGUCUGAGUUUCCAGCUGCUAAGCGCCUUUUGGAGGAAAAGGGGCGCCAGAUCCUCACCAAGAUGGGAAUGCUAGAGGUUUCAGAUGAGGUAGAAGAGGAAAAGGAGAAGAUGGAGGACAAAGUGGUGCGCAUUGGGUCUAGCCUGGAGACAUUACAGACCAAGUUAGCACGAUUGAUGGUCGAACUGGAGUCUAGUGUCCGCAAAAUGAUGAAUCGUGUGGCGCAGCUAGAACUGCAGACUGAGGGCUGGGAGGGCAUUGUGGCCGAGGGGGCUGGGAGCGAAACUGAGGAUGAGACUGAUAGAAAGAGGGAGGUUGGAGAUGGUAAGGGAGAGGGGGACCAAGAAAAGGAACCACAAGGAGAGAGGGGUGAGGGGGAUGGAGGGGAGGAAGAUAAGGAUGUGGGGAAAGAGGCAAAAAAGAAGUGA